AUGUUUGCCCACAGCAUGGAUAACAGCAGUGGUCCUUUUGUUCUCCCUACCUUAUUGCUCCUGCUGCAGAACAAGAGCUACCCUGAAACUUCCACCCCUCCUGCUGGCUACAAGAUGGCGGCAUCACCCACAGGACCCAGUUCAAGCAGAAACCACACUGUCUUGCUGUAUGACCUGAGGCCGGGGGAAAUCGCAGCAGCCAGUAUGGUUUUGGGAGCGUUAUGGCUGGUUUCCAUCUUUGGAAACUCCCUUGUUUGCUUAGUGAUCCACAGGAGCCGGAGAACACAAUCCACCACCAACUAUUUUGUUGUCGCCAUGGCUUGUGCAGACCUUCUCAUCAGUGUUGCAAGUGUGCCCUUUGUGCUGCUCCAGUUUACCUAUGGCAGGUGGACUCUGGGGAACAUCAUGUGCAAGCUGGUAAGGUACAUACAGUACCUCACCCCUGGAGUCCAGAUAUAUGUGCUCCUCUCUAUAUGCGUGGAUCGAUUCUACACUAUUGUCUACCCCCUGAGCUUCAAAGUGUCGAGAGAGAAAGCCAAGAAAAUGAUUAUGGCCUCUUGGCUGUGUGACGCUGUAUUUGCAUCACCCGCUUUCUUUUUCUAUGGCUCCAACAGUGAUGACCACUGCAAUUUUUUUCUCCCUGAUUCUUGGGAAGGAGCCACCUACAGUAUCAUCCACCUCCUGGUGGUGUUUUUGAUCCCAUCCAUCCUCAUUAUGCUCUUCUACCAGAAGGUCAUCAAGUACAUUUGGAGAAUAGGCACCGAUGGCAGGACUGUCAGGAGGACAAUGAACAUUGUCCCAAGAGCCAAAGUGAAAACCAUCAAGAUGUUCCUAAUGUUAAACUCAGUGUUUCUCCUGUCCUGGCUCCCUUUCUACGUGGUACAGCUGUGGCACCCACCAGAAACAGACUACAGAAAGAGCUCCCUGGUUUUCCUGGCCAUCACCUGGAUCUCUUUCAGUUCUUCAGCCUCUAAGCCAACUCUCUACUCCGUGUAUAAUGCAAACUUCAGGAGAGGGAUGAAAGAGACUUUUUGCAUGUCUGCCAUGAAAUGCUACAGAAGCAAUGCAUACACCAUCACCACCAGUUCCCGGAUAGCCAAAAAAAACCACGUUGGGAUCGCAGAAAUCCCAGCUCCAGCCAAAACUGUCACCAAAGACUCAAUCUAUGAUGCUUUUAACAGGGAAGCAAAGGAAAAAAAGCUUGCCUGGCCUAUCCAGUCCAAUCCCCCAAAUACCUUUGUCUAG